UCCCGUCCCUGUAAAUGAGCGUGAUACUAGUGCAAGUGAUUUUGAGGGCUGAGUUCGUGUGUGCGGAGUGCUUAGACCCUGAAGCCUGUGGCCCGUUGAGAGGAGAGCAGACACUGUUAGCCACCGUGCAGGCUGACGGUGCUUGGAGGGAGGAGCCAGGCAGCCGGGGUAGUGCCCCUGGGGACCCUUGGUGUGUUCCUGAUGUGUCCCUGUCGUGGGGUGCCUCCCUAGGUUGCUGGCUAGACAGCUCAGAGGCAGCUCUCAGAUCCUUCUGUGGGGGUGAGAUCUCCAAACGCAGUGGGUGCUGUGAGUGGCUGAGAUGCUGUGGCAGAGGGGAGCCCCGGCCCCGCACUGUGUGGUUGGGGCACCCCGAGAAGAGGGACCAGAGGUACCCUCGAAAUGUCAUCAACAACCAGAAGUACAACUUCUUCACCUUUCUUCCUGGGGUGCUGUUUAACCAGUUCAAAUACUUUUUCAACCUCUAUUUCUUACUUCUUGCCUGCUCUCAGUUUGUUCCUGAGAUGAGACUCGGUGCCCUCUAUACGUACUGGGUCCCCCUGGGCUUCGUGCUGGCCGUCACUGUCAUCCGGGAGGCCGUAGAGGAGAUCAGAUGCUAUGUGCGGGACAGGGAAGUCAACUGCCAGGUCUACAGCCGGCUCACAGUGAGAGGGACAGUGAAGGUGAAGAGCUCCAACAUCCAGGUUGGAGACCUUCUCAUCGUUGAAAAGAACCAGCGGGUCCCUGCUGACAUGAUCUUCCUGAGGACAUCAGAAAAAAACGGCUCUUGCUUCCUGCGGACGGAUCAGCUGGACGGUGAGACAGACUGGAAGCUGCGGCUCCCCGUGGCCUGCACUCAGAGGCUCCCCACUGCGGCCGAUCUCCUUCAGAUUCGAUCAUAUGUCUACGCAGAAGAGCCGAACAUCGACAUUCACAACUUUGUGGGAACUUUCACCAGAGAAGACAGCGACCCUCCGAUCAGCGAGAGCUUGAGCAUAGAGAACACGCUCUGGGCCGGCACUGUCAUUGCGUCAGGUACUGUUGUGGGUGUUGUUCUUUACACGGGCAGAGAACUCCGGAGUGUCAUGAACACCUCCAAUCCUCGCAGUAAGAUCGGGCUGUUCGACCUGGAAGUCAACUGCCUCACCAAGAUCCUCUUCGGUGCUCUGGUGGUGGUGUCGCUGGUCAUGGUCGCCCUUCAGCACUUUGCCGGCCGUUGGUACCUCCAGACCAUCCGCUUCCUCCUCUUGUUUUCCAACAUCAUUCCCAUCAGCCUGCGUGUGAACCUGGACAUGGGCAAGAUUGUGUACAGCUGGGUGAUUCGGAGGGACUCGAAAAUCCCCGGGACUGUGGUUCGUUCCAGCACCAUCCCUGAGCAGCUGGGGAGGAUUUCUUACUUACUCACGGACAAGACAGGAACUCUUACCCAGAACGAGAUGGUUUUCAAACGGCUCCAUCUAGGCACCGUGGCCUAUGGCCUCGACUCCAUGGAUGAAGUCCAGAGCCACAUAUUUAGCAUUUAUACCCAGCAAUCCCAGGAUCCACCUGCUCAGAAGGGCCCCACGCUUACCACCAAAGUCCGGCGGACCAUGAGCAGCCGUGUGCACGAGGCCGUGAAGGCCAUCGCGCUCUGCCACAACGUGACUCCUGUGUACGAGUCCAACGGUGUGACCGACCAGGCCGAGGCUGAGAAGCAGUAUGAAGACUCGUGCCGCGUGUACCAGGCGUCCAGCCCAGAUGAGGUGGCCCUGGUACAGUGGACCGAAAGCGUGGGCUUAACCCUGGUGGGCCGAGACCAGUCUUCCAUGCAGCUGAGGACCCCUGGCGACCAGAUCCUGAACUUCACCAUCUUACAGAUCUUCCCUUUCACCUACGAAAGCAAGCGUAUGGGCAUCAUCGUGAGGGAUGAGUCAACUGGAGAGAUCACAUUUUACAUGAAGGGAGCGGAUGUUGUCAUGGCCGGCAUCGUGCAGUACAAUGACUGGCUGGAGGAAGAGUGUGGAAACAUGGCCCGAGAAGGUCUGCGGGUGCUCGUGGUGGCAAAGAAGUCUCUAGCAGAAGAGCAAUAUCAAGACUUUGAAGCCCGCUAUGUCCAGGCCAAGCUGAGCGUGCAUGACCGCUCGCUCAAAGUGGCCACCGUGAUCGAGAGCCUAGAGAUGGAGAUGGAGCUGCUGUGCCUGACAGGGGUGGAGGACCAGCUGCAGGCGGACGUGAGGCCCACCCUGGAGACGCUGCGGAACGCUGGCAUCAAGGUUUGGAUGCUGACGGGGGACAAGCUGGAGACAGCUACAUGCACGGCGAAGAAUGCACAUCUGGUCACCAGAAACCAAGACAUCCACGUUUUUCGGCUGGUGACCAACCGCAGCGAGGCCCACCUCGAGCUCAAUGCUUUCCGCAGGAAGCAUGACUGUGCCCUCGUCAUCUCUGGAGACUCCCUGGAGGUUUGCCUUAAGUACUAUGAGUACGAGUUCAUGGAGCUGGCCUGCCAGUGCCCGGCCGUGGUCUGCUGCCGCUGCACCCCCACCCAGAAGGCCCAGAUCGUGCGCCUGCUCCAGGAGCGCACCGGCAAGCUCACGUGCGCAGUAGGUGAUGGAGGCAACGACGUCAGCAUGAUUCAGGAAUCUGACUGCGGCGUGGGUGUCGAGGGGAAGGAAGGCAAGCAGGCUUCCCUGGCUGCAGACUUCUCCGUCACCCAGUUCAAACACCUGGGCCGGCUGCUCAUGGUGCACGGCCGCAACAGCUACAAGCGCUCGGCCGCGCUCAGCCAGUUUGUCAUCCACCGCAGCCUCUGCAUCAGCACCAUGCAGGCUGUCUUUUCCUCCGUGUUUUACUUUGCCUCCGUUCCUCUCUAUCAAGGAUUCCUCAUCAUUGGGUACUCCACCAUUUACACCAUGUUUCCUGUGUUUUCUCUGGUCCUGGACAAAGAUGUCAAGUCAGAAGUUGCCAUGCUGUAUCCUGAGCUCUACAAGGAUCUCCUCAAGGGAAGACCAUUGUCCUACAAGACCUUCUUAAUAUGGGUUUUGAUUAGCAUCUAUCAAGGGAGCACCAUCAUGUACGGGGCCCUGCUGCUGUUCGAGUCCGAGUUUGUGCACAUCGUGGCGAUUUCCUUCACAUCGCUGAUCCUCACUGAGCUGCUGAUGGUGGCCCUGACCAUCCAGACGUGGCACUGGCUCAUGACGGUGGCCGAGCUGCUCAGUCUCGCCUGCUACAUCGCCUCCCUGGUGUUCCUACACGAAUUCAUUGAUGUGUACUUCAUCGCCACUUUGUCGUUCUUGUGGAAGGUCUCUGUUAUCACCCUGGUCAGCUGUCUGCCCCUGUACGUUCUCAAGUACCUGCGGAGACGGUUCUCCCCGCCCAGCUACUCGAAGCUCACGUCGUAGGCGUGCGCUGGCCCAAGGCACGGCGAUCUCGCGCUGUCCUGGCGGACAGAGUUCAAGUUGCGUUUUUCUUAACCGCCAGCUGUGGAUCUUGCAGUAAUCGCUAACACGUGCAGUUUUGACAUGAAGAGGCUCUGCGCGGGGUCCUGACGCCAAAUGAACGGGGAGGUUCCUGGAAGGGGCCUGCGCGGGCCUGCUCGGGCCCCUCGCGAUUCAGCCCGGAGUGAAUGUACAUACAUAUGUUCAGGCUGGUGGCUCAGCUAACAGGUUUAUACGUGGGUCACUGUGCAAGCUUCCUAUGACUUGAAUUUUGUUGUUAUGUGAUAAAAGUUUCUGUCUAGUUGACGAUUAUAGAGGGGUUUUUGUUUUUGUUUUAAACAGUCCUAACAUGUGUGUACUCUUUAUGUCUUUCUCGCUCUUACAAACCAGUUUCGGAGAAACGUAAAAGCUCUUGGUAUAGGUUUGUGGGAAGAGACAGUGACUUUGGUAGAAAGUUACCCAGACAGUGAUCUCAAGGUGAAAAUGCGAAAUAUCAUCCGAGGCAGUGCUGCUUACUGAGGCCGCACCGGCUUCCUAGAAAGACACAAAGCAAAUGAGAGGAGAGAGAGAGGGCGCCAUGAAUCCAGCCCCGUCUCCUCCCCCUCGGAUUCAGCAUCUCGGAUUCAGCAUCUCCGGCACUUGACUUAGCUUCACCUGCCACCUUGUAAAAGAAUUUCAAAGGUAUUAUCCUGCUUCGUUCGGACCUGGUAACAAUGCUGAAGCCUGUGGCUGUCUGAGGACGCCUGCAGACAUUUCCAGCAGAGUUGUUUUAGCAGGAAACGUGCCACUGAACAGCUCCUAAACGUGUCGCCAGAGUGAUAAGAGCCUCAACUAAUUCUUUAGACAGCGUUGCACAUGUGGCCGGGCCCCUCCGAGUCCCGCCUGCAAGGUCAGGCAUGGGGGGCUCUCCGCUCCCACAGAAGUCUGUUUCCCAUUAGGAGGCUGAAUGACAAAGGUGGAGGCAUCGCACGUGUUGCCGCCGCUCAUCGUUCCUCGGUGGCAGCCCCGGUGGGAGGAGGCCCGGGCUGCAGCCUCAGGCUCCGGGCUCCGUCGCACUGCCUACAGCUUUCAAGGGGAACUUGCUGCAAGGCAGCCACUGGUAGCGAUCCCUCCCCCACGGGACUAGAGUACACGCAUGUGUGUUUCUCAGAAAGCUGUGGCUUCUCGGUUCAGAGGAGGAAGGGGUGUGCAAGGUCUGCACUGGGCAGGGCAAGGCAUUCUUGGGUUUUCGAGGCUCCCGGCGCUUCAGCCACACAUGCGUGCCAUCGGGGUUCGGCUGCUCGACCUUCCGGAGCUGACCGUGCUUGAGAACUGGGAUUUGGAUGAAUUCCUCCAGCCCCUCGGCAUGGCGCUGCCUGUGUGUGCUUCAGGACCGGGGGAGCUGGGGCGGGAGGAGCCGGCAGUGGUCCCGUGCUCGGGGAGCACUGUCGAUAUGCUCAUAUGUUUAUGUUGCCCUUUUAACACUUUAUAAAGUGACCAUAGGUUUCAGGCCCUGGUAAGCUGGCCCGUGACGUGGCUUCCGUGUUAAGAUUCUGCAGUCCCGUUUGCCUUCCUGUGCCAACCAUUUCUGCUACACAGAGAAGGCCCGCAGAGAAUAUAGGUUGCGGUGAAUGAAUGGUUAUUUAGGAAUUAGGACCUUGGUCCAAAAGUCUCAGAAAGACUGAACAGGUCUGACAUCUUCCUGAGUGAUGUUAAUGGAGUUUCAAAGGUAGGGGAGGGGAGUGUGGGGCUCAGAGUUUCACACUUCAGUGUGUGUUUUUGGAAGUCUGAUUAGAAGUCUUAAGUCGUUCUGUUCUGAGUUCGCAAACCCUGAACCUGGCCUUCUUCACAGACAGGUGAUGGCUCCUGCUGGUAGGUCUUAUGGAACCAUUGCUAGGAAAUUUCAGACCUUCCCGGGAGAUAGAGGGAGAUGGUGUCUCUGGUUUUUUUUCCUCAAGUCCCAAGUUUGAUCCUGGUGUGUGAGUUGACUUUUGAGGUCAACAACUGAGAUACUGUUUGCCAUCUCCAAGGAGGGAAGCUUCUCAGAGAGGCUGAAGAGACCACCCUCCCCCGCCCCAGAAGUUGAAGGAUGCAUGUGUAUGCCAUUGCAAACCUUGUUCUGUUGUCUCGGUAGGUCGGGACACUUUGGUAGGCGGUCAAGGGCCAGAAACCCAGUGCAGCCCAGACCACCGUGCCGUGGUGCAGCCCCAUUGGUGGGCAGGCUGCUCUCACCACCUGGUGGGGGGCCUCGAGUGUCCAGGAGCACGAAUGUUUCUCAAACCCUGGAGCCGCAAAGGGCAGGAGCCUCAAGUUGGUUGAGAGUACAGGAUCCUCCCCUGCACACGUCAGCCGCAUCCCUGCAGAGAAGGGGUGCACACGCGGGUUACACUUGGGUUACACGCGGGUUACCUUAGUUGUGGGGGAGGAUAAGCACCUGGGCUGCUUUAUAGGAGGCUCCCGAGUUCAUAACCCUUAAGCAUAAGGAUCUGUUGACCUUUUUCUUGGUUUACCAAUCUGGAAAGAAUCUAGGAAGCAUCACUGACCCCUACCCCUCCCUUUGGACCUCAGUGGGACCUAAGUCUCUGACAGCUGAUUUAAUUCGAGGCUGGAGGCCCUAGGGCACGCAAUCAGUGCUGUGCAAACAUUUCUCUUUAAAGUGAAAACUACAACCCCUCCCCCCCCACCCUCUGACACCACUACGUAUUUCUGUCACGAUAAGCACUUUUUUAUGAUGGUUUUUAUUCUAUCUUUCGGUGAUGGUUGUGUGUGUGCGUGAGGACAAUGGGAUCCGUUUUGUGGUUUCUCCUUUUUCCCUCCUUGCUUUAAUGAUCGGACGAGCUUCUCCAUCUUCAGUGAUUUCUGAUGCCUGACAGUGUUGUUGGUCCGGGGUUGGCGGCUGUGCGGGCACCAGUGGGUGUUGUGCGAGGUGCUGGGCGAGGCGUUGCACUGACUGUGGCCGCUCGGGGCGGCGGACUCGGCCACAGAGCCUUGGAGGGCAUCCCGGGAGCAUUCUGACAUCGGAGCAGACCACCUGUUCACAGCCACCGGCAGCUGGGGGACCAAGAGCUGGGGCGUCUCCCACUGUUGGGGUCAUUCUAUCCAGGUCCCAGGCCAGCUUCCCUUAAUAAGUGAAGCCCUUUUGUGUCGCAGUAAUCUUGAAUACCGAUGUCUGCUUGCCCUUCCCUCGGUGUGUUCUCUGCUGAAAGUUUAGGUUGUACUGACAACUUUUGAAUGUAUCUUUUGAGUUUUGUCCUCAUUGGAAAUUGCCACAAUAAUGCCUAUUCUUUCUCUGGACUUUUGCUUUUAUACUUUGUUUUGUUUUUACUGGGGUGGGGAUGGGAACGCCCUCAUGCCUUUAUGGGGCAGCAUUUUAAACCUUUGCCAAAAUUGCCGAUGGGACCUCCAUGAGCUUCCGCUCGCUCCAUCCUAUUGAAGGCAAACACCUGUCAGCUGUUUUUUAUCUUUAAUCUUCUGUGCGCGUUUGUGUGUAUGUGAGUCUCUGUCACCUCCCGUUUUUUGAUGAGAUACUUGGCUUGCAUUAAAAUCCCAUUACUCCCAGCUUUGUUUUCAUUUAAAAGCAUACAAGGGGUUUUGUAAAUACAACCGAUUUUCUUUCUCCUCCCUUCCUUUAAUGUAAAGCCUUUUGUCGUGUAUACUUAAGGGGAAGUAUUUCCAUUAAUGAUGUUAAUUUUGUCUCGGAGAAGUACAUAUUAUGUUUUUGAAUGGAACGGAGAGGCACACCACGGCGUGAGCGGCACCCCGAAGACCUUGAACUCCGCGGCACCUGCUCACGUCGCAGCAGCUUUACCCGCGGAUCCGCCCUGGUCACUGCGUGGUCGGAGGUGUCGUUCACGUCGCUGGGCAACGUCCGUGAAUACUGCAUUUGUGGGGUGGGGGGCAGGUGGGGGGUGCACAAAAAAGUUGUGGCUCAUUUAUGAUUUUGUUGCAGUGGGGCUAACUGUAAGCUCUCCUAGGAGUCCGUGGCCGCCCCGUUAGUAGGUCUCUACGGGUGACCCGCCUUGCAGAUCCUCGGCAGGACAGCGUUUUGUCAUCAGAGGGAAGCUCUGGUAUAGGACGCUUUAAUUUAGCACGACUCCCAGAUGAUUGAAAUUCUCGAUCCGGUGAUGAUACACAUGUGAUCCUGCGUGUUUCUGAGCGGUUCUCCUUUCAUUGUCUGCCAGCCCGGCCCGUUGCUGUUGCCCAAUAAAGCUUGUGUAUUUUAUGCCUUUGGGGGAUCAUUUAAUUUGUGCGGGAACAUGAAUUCUGGUGUCAAAAUGAAGGCUUCUUAUUAUAAUGCUGUUUUGUGUGUAACUCAUGGUACAAAAAGUGUAAAUAGCUUUUUCUCCAGUUAAAGUUAUUUUGAUUUCGGCAAAAAAAAAAAAAAAAAAAAAAAA